AUGGUGCUAGAUCCUAAACAAAGUCGUAAUAAGUAAGAUAUUCUUAUAUAUUAACUUACUUCAGCCUAUAGUUUAUUUUUCAAGCCAUUUUAGGAUUGAUAAUCAUGUUCUCCACCUAAUUUACCGGGCUUUUGACAGAAUUUUCAUGGAUAAUAUAGGAAUACCUUCCUUUUAAAUUCAUUUUUCAAAAUGUUGAAUUGACGAAUCUUCAGCAAGCUUUUAAAUAUGAACUAUAAGAUCUGUUGCAAGCAUUUAAAAAUUAUUUUUGAGGAUUCAGAAGCCAUUCUUACCUAGGUUUUGAUGCGAUUUUCUCAAAUGUUGAACAAUUUUCGCGAUUUUUCGUGGUUUUAGGCCUUUUUAAUCCUUAUUGUACAUUAAGUUUGAUUUCAGCAGCCGUAUAUCCGUGACAAGAUCACAGUCGAGGUUCAGUAGAAAUAGUAGAAUCAGUCUGAGCCAGUCAGUUCAUCAGGACCAUGAGGCAAUUGAGGAGGACAUAAAAGCUAAAAUACAAGGUGAACAGGUCAGUUUUGGGGUUUUUAAUUUAGAAAGUUACUAAAAUUUUUAAAAUUAACUUAACUAUGACACUUUUAAAAUACAUUGUCCAAGAAGUUUAUGUUAUCAUUACUUUUUACAUUUCGUUCAAAUUUUUCGACGAAAUGCCACAAAAAUUAUUGGAAACCCAUUUUUGUCGACUUUUGACUGCUAUUUUCAGUUGAGUUAUGUGCCACAAGAGCAAAAGCGAUUGACCAAACAGACGGCCAAGAGAAACACGACCAAAGAGAUUACUAAUGAAGACCUGGAGGCACAAGACUAUGAGAAGAAAGCGUUGGCAAAUCAUUUGCGGUCGAUUGCUCCUUUCAAUGGUCGUUGGAAUGUAAGUUUCUGCUAACUUUGGGUUUUUUUUUUGAUUUUGUGGUAGAAGUUUAGAUUAUGGAGGGAUUUUAGAUUGUAAAAUACGAUUGUUCAAAACUAUAAGAUAAAGUUUAGGUAACAAGACGCUUUAUUUAUUUUUAGGUAACAAAAUGGAAUUGAUAAUGUGUUUUAUUUAAUUUAGGUAACACAAAGAAACCGAUAGUGACAUUUGUUAAUUUAGGUAACAAAAACGAUUAAUGAAGGAACCUUCGGCGUGGUAUUCGCAGUCCAAGACAUUGUAACUGGAGUUGAAGGAGUGAUUAAAGUGGCCAAAUCAUAUGGAAAUUCCUCGGCCAAAUGGGAGGCUUUCAUCUUGGAGAAGAUGACUAAAAAUGUAAGUUCUUCUUGGUUAUUGUAGAGAUAUUGGGCUAUUAAUAACCUACCUUACCUCCUUACCAUAACCACUCUACUUCAGCGUACCUCAGCAUACCCUGCCCUAUUCUAUCCUACUCUACCCUACUCUAUACUUUCCGCCUCAUACCUUGCCCUACUUACUGCCCUACUUACCCUACCCUUCCUUAAUCCUACCGUACUUUCAAAAAUUUAAAUUUUUAAAAACUUGAAAUUUCAGAACGAAACGGCGUCUGUAGUUCGUAUCCUGGACAAAGGUAUGUUGGCCGAUCAAAAUGACGCUGGAAUGGAGUUCAUGGUGCUGGAGAAGAUGGCUAUACCCAUAAUGGAGUACAUCGACAAAUUUGAAGGUUUGUAAAAAGUUUUGUCGUUGAUACCUAAGUUUUUUAAUGUUUAAAAGCGAGACAACUUUUCUUGGGAUUUUAAUAUGUGUCUUCUUGAAGAUAUUUCUGUAUAUUACUAUAUAAAUGACAUAAAUGAUUAUAUAUAUAUGUAGUACUAUACCUGAACUUUAAGGCAAAGAACGCAUGUUGCACGUCACCUACAUUCUCCUGGACAUGCUAAAAGGAAUCAACGAUAUGCACUGUGAAGGCCUGCUUCAUCGUGACCUAAAACCUGACAAUAUGGGCAUCAUGAGUAAGAAACAACCGUUCGCGAUUCUUUUCGACCUUGGGAUGGUGAGAAUGUUCACCGGAAAUCAGGGUGAGAAUCGAAUUCCGCGAAGCUCGGCCUCCUUCAGAGGUACCCCCGAGUGGGCGAGUGGUCAUGCCUGUAAGAAUAGAGAACAGAGCUGGCUAGAUGAUCUAAUAGGAUGGAUGUACGUGGCUGUGGAGCUGUACGAUGACACCAAGAACCCACAACAACCGCUGCCUUGGACUUCGAGGAACACUACGAGGGUAGGGAGGGGGAGGGAGUUAUUGAUAGUUGAGUAUAGCACAAAGGGGGUAAGGGUAAAGUAAGUGUUUAUACAUCAAUAUUAACCAUGUACAAUAUUUUUUAUUUACCAUACCUACGAUGUCCUCUUUCAGGGUAUACGCUUCCUAAAAACCGCGUUCUGUCCAGCCAGACUUCUCUUCAAACGCUGUCCUCACGAGUUCUUUGCCAUCAAUGCCUAUCUAAUGACGGCCUAUCCCUUCUCUCCUCCUGACUAUCCAUAUUUGGUGGCCAAGUUGAAUGAAAUUAUUGAAAGAUUACAAAAUGAACUAGGCGGUCCAGAAAAGUACAAUCGAUACACAAGAGUUGGGAAUCCGGAAAAAGAGAAGGAGAAAAAGAGAGACGACGGAGAGACACAGACAAAAGAUGAUCGGACUAAGGAGGAGAAGACCAAGGAGGAAAAGACAAAGGAAGAGAAGACUAAGGAGGAGAAGAGCACGGAUGACAAACCAAAGAAAAAACGGAGUAAAAAGAACCGGAGUAAAGAGAAACAGGUAACGGAAGGACGGAAAAGUCAGGAAAAGACAAAGGCCGAACAGACAAGACAAGAGAAGGCUAAAGGAAGCAAACCAAAGGAAGAACAGACAAGUCAAGGAAAUAGCAAAGAGGAAAAGACCAAGCAGGAAAGGACUAAAGAAGACAAACCAAAAGAAGCACGGACAAGCCAGGAAAAGACCAAGCAGGAACGGACAAGACAGGAAAAGACAAAAGCAGAACGGACAAGACAAGAAAAGACCAAGAAAGAAAAGAACACAGAAGAUAAACCAAAGGAAGAACGGACUAGAAAAGAUCGGACUAGAGAGGAACAGGUAACAGAUAACCGUACCAAAGAGGAAAGGACCAAGGCAGAACGGACAAGCCAGGAAAAGACAAAACAGGAAAGGACAAGACAAGAAAAGACCAAGAAAGACAAGAACAAAGAAGACAAACCAAAGGAAGAACGGACUAAAAAGGACCGGACGGAGCAGGUAACGGAUAACUGGACCAAAGAAGAAAAACCAAAGGAAGAAAGGAAAAGUCAGAAAAAGACAAAGACAGAACGGACAAGACAAGAAAAGACUAAAAAGGAAAGGACCAACGAAGACAAACAAGAACCAACACAAAGGUACAGAACUAAAGAGGAAAAGACAAAUGCAGAACGAACAAGACAAGAAAAGCCUAAAGAAGACAAACAAGACCGGACAAGAAAGGACAUGCCCAAAGAAGAACAGCCAAGACAAAGUAAGACAAAAACAGCACGAACUAAAGAGGAACGGACAAGAAAGGAACCACCCACGGAAGCAGCACAGACCGCACGACAACCCACCAGAAUGUUCACUUCGUCUAAGACCCGAACUGCCAGGAAGAAGUAG